UAAGCCUUCUGAUGGUACUUCGAGGCACAGAGCGAGCUGAGCGGCAAUGUUAAGACGACGAACUUUUGUCUGGUCGGUUUUUGGCGGCUACAUGUAAAGAGAAUGUGAUCACCUUCGCGGUCAGAACUUAAACUUCUUGACGUUCAACUGGCAGAGAAAUGGCGACCAUUUUUGGCAUGACUUAUUUCGGAGAUCCUGAAACGCUCCUCCAUGCCCAGCGGCGCCCAGUUUCUGUAACUUUGAAGGAUGUUCCGAAGAAUAAGUACAUAGAUUUGUUUCGGCAAAAAGGACGUAAACAUCUGAACGAAGAUUCUCUGAGAAGAGCUUUGCUGCCCGAGAUAUUCACAGACGCUGUUGGUAGGCUUCUCAGUCCAGCUGAGUACGACUUGAUGUUGAGAUUCUUUCCUGUUGACCCUGGAAAUAUAAGCUUCGAAGAAUUUUCGAAAACUAUAGACGAUAUGAAGGCGGACAGGGCUGUCAGCCCUCCCCCGAUCAUCACCAAGGUGGCUAAAACUCUCGUCGGCAAACCGCCUCCCAAGAAGAAAGUGCUCAAUUCCCAGCUGAAGGAAAUGAAGUUCAAGCACCGUCGAGACCCGCUCGGACCCACGGACGCGUACCAACGGCCUUUGACUCAGAACAUGGAGUACGGAUGGGACACGAUGGUCUAUCCCGGAGAGUCCGCCGUGCCGGUGCACGAGAGGAAGCGCCACUUCCCCAAAGGUCAAACCGAUGUCACCGCGGGCGGCGAGGGUCUCACGCUGGAAACGUAUUACGGAGUGGAGUACAUUCGCAUUUAGACCGCCGGUCGCUCUCUCGGUCUAGCGGUCUAGGCUGUCCCCGCAAGGCAUUGCAGCCCAAAGCCCAAGAAGAAGAAGAAGAAGAAGCAGGGAUUUGGGAAUGACACAACUUCACUCACUUUGCUCUCAGAAGAACGAACGAUCGAUCGAUGGCGAUGGUGGUGCGUGAUUCUCGUACUCGUAUUCGGCUUGAGUAUUGUCGAUGGUUAUGGUGCGAGCAAGUAGUUACUAUGGGGGAAGCUUCUGUUCUAGCUUGAGGAACGCAUUGAAUAAAGGACGAACAUCCGGAGGCGCGGCUAU